AUGGCCACAACUCUCACGCCGUUUCUGUACCAGACGAGGACUAUUCUGCGAGCCUCUGCUGCUGUUCGUGCUUUUUCAGCAACUGCAGGGCAGCUUCACCGACCCCCGCGCGAGCAGCCGAUUCCCUUCGAAUGGGAGGGUUCAAUCGAAGAAGAGCGCCCCGACAUCCCUAGUGGUCGCGACGGCGGUGUAAGGUCGACGAUUACUCCAACUGAAAGACAUGUCUUUCGCAAGAUUUUUGACGAUCUCGCGAAGCGUAAUCCGACUCUCGCUCAGCCUUCCUCGCUGAGCAGCGAUAAUGCGGACGCCGCUGAUGCUCCCGAAACCGGAUCCCGCGAUGCCAUCCUGAGCAAAUACCCCCCUUCCUUGCGCCGAGCUGCCGAAGCAGCGCUCGGUAUGCGUGAGGUCUCAGAUGACCAUCCGGAGAGACCCUUUGCCUCCCGCAUUGCCUUUAAGCGCGAGGAGAUGGAGCCCGACCAGGUAGAUGCAGAGACGCAGGAUAUACAUGACGAGCUGCGGACCCUGGAGGCGAUCAAGCUUCAGCAACUUCUGGAUGUCUGCAACACCGAUGUUGAGGUAUGGGAUGUGCUGGAGCAAGAAGUCUUCUCCAUGGUUGAGAAGCUGGGCAUCGCCCAAGGGAAGCCUCAGGAGGGCAAGAAGAAGGCCAAAAUAGAGAGACAGGCGCCAUCCCUCAACAUGGACUCACACGGCCCAGUCUACUCUAUGCAUCUUCUCAAGGCCCUCAGGACGCUUGACCAAAACUUUACUCAGUCUUCGCCCUUGGCCUUGAACGUUCUCCCCAGAGUCAAGGAGCUAGGUCUCGCCUCCUACGUCCUCGGAGUCUCGACGCCCUUCUACAACGAACUGGCUUCCAUUCUCUGGUAUCGCCAUGGCGACACCCAGGCUGUCCUUGCUGUGUUGGAUGAGAUGCAGUACGCGGGACUGUUCUACGAUAAGCAGACCCUCCGCCUGAUCGACACUAUUGAGCUGGCUCUCGACUCCUUUCGGGACCGCCAGCUCGGUGUCUUUUCAAAGGCUGUUGGCACCAUCCCGGGUUACAACCUUGACGUCAAGGCUAAUGUCGCACGUUAUGCGCGGCGCGUUCGUCAUGCUAUCCGGCAGCAGAGAACCGCCGCAAGGUAUUGA